UUUAUUGUGGUCCCAGUUAUUUACAGGAAAAUACAAAUAAAAACAAUGAAGAAUUUUUCUAGUUAACUUUCACUUUCUGCAUCAUGUGUGGCAAAAUGUGUACUUUAUCUUCAAUGACGAAACGCACUAUGUUAUGUUGUAAGUGUGCAAUAAAACAUUUUUAAAAUGUGCUUUGUUUUACAGUCAUCGUUGUGUAACAGGCGACACUUACAGUUACGCAAACCCGUGUUUUUGUUAGGUAAGGCUAGCUAGUGCAGCAGCAGGGUGUGGGAGGUGCUGAGGGUCAAUGGUCUCUUCAUCCAGGAUCCUUUUCGUUUGGCGUCACUUUGUCAACAUUAGGAUGGGAGAUAUGGCCUUCAAAGCACAGAUGCCGACCCCAGAGACAGCGCUGCCCGGCCGGACUGAGAGUUUGAAAGUCUCCGAAAAACACGUUGUGAAUGGAAACAGGACUGUUCCACCUUUUCCAGAGGGAACAGAGAUGGUCAUGUUUGGUAUGGGCUGCUUCUGGGGUGCAGAGAGGAAGUUUUGGAAGCAAAAAGGAGUUUAUUCUACCCAAGUGGGCUAUUCUGGGGGUUACACACCUAACCCUACCUACAAGGAAAUUUGCACAGGCAGGACAGGCCACGCUGAGGUGGUCAGAGUUGUCUUCCAACCAGAGCAGAUCAGCUUUGCCAGUCUCCUCAAAGUCUUCUGGGAAAGCCACAACCCAACUCAAGGGAUGCGUCAGGGGAACGAUAUUGGGACGACAUACCGCUCUGCCAUCUACACCUACACAAAGCAGCAGCUUGAGGAAGCUUUGGCCUCCAAAGAGCAAUACCAGAAGGUACUAACACAGGAAGGUUACGGUUCCAUCACCACAGAAAUUGCUGAGGCCAAGCAGUUCUACUAUGCUGAGGACUACCAUCAACAGUACCUGAGCAAAAACCCUGAUGGAUACUGUGGACUGGGAGGCACAGGUGUCGCGUGUCCGAUAGGAAUCAAGUCGAAGGCCUAGAUAGCCAAAAACAGCCGAGAAAUAUCUCCGAUCUGUCUGCAAGGAUGCCGCAAUGGAUCGAUUUGAAAGAGAAUAUUCACUAAUGCAAAAAGUUUUGUGUUUCAGAUGGUUAAAUUCCUACCGUUUGACAUAUUUUAUGGCCUUUUUCUUACAUCACAUUAUAGUCCACAUUUAUCUGAUGCUCAAAAAAUUUGGAGCUUCAGCUCAGUUUUUUUUAAGGAUCAGUACCUGCCAGAUGUCACCCUCUGACAUAGCAUAAACUUUGAAAGCCAGUAAAGACUCUUCACAGUCUUUAGAUAAAAAAUCUUUUAAAAAAGGUGCAAUCCCAAAAAACAAAGAUUAUGCGACACAUAAUCGAUGAUGAAAUUCUGAGUAAUUUCAUGCAUCCUGAAAAGAAGGUGUUUAAAAUGAAAUCUUGUUAGAAAGCAGUGAAAUCCUGCGCAGCAUUAAGUAAAGAACUUUUAGUGUGUGGACUGCUUUUUCACUGUAUUAGUUUGGUUAAUCAGCUCUUAUAGUUUGCAACUGCUUUGGGAAAAUUAUACGUUUGUUGCUUAAGUUCCUUUAAAAACAUAUUUAAGAGUGGGCUGCUGUCUAAAGACUACAAGGAAUAAAACAGCUUGAGAAAUUGCUUAUA